CGGUCUGAUUUUGAAAGCUGGUGUAAUUCGGUUCGCUGGCAAUUGUAAAAAUGCCAGCAGUCGGAGUGGAUUUCGGCAAUGCCAGAAGUGUUGUAGCACGAUUUGAUUAAUAUUGUCAGGCGCGGACAUUGUUUUUAAGUACUGUAGAAUCUCAAGGGGCUCCCGCAGAUGCUGGACAACAGCCAGACAAGCCAGCAAGUCAGGCAACAUCUGUUCAGACACGGGGGCAGCCCUGCAGGUAAAUGCACACAGCGGACUGAAACAGGACACCGACACUCAGAUAAAAUUGAAACAGCACCCGGAGACCAUAUAACUGUCAACGUUAUACAUAUGGAAAGUAUAACCAACCUGAGUGUAUUGAAAACGUUCUCAUAUUAUUACUUCAGUGCAAGCCCUUCAGAUGCAGAUCACUGCUUUUCUAAAGGUGCAAGACUGAUUUCUUUGCCGACUCGAUGUUAGUAUUAUUUCGAGGUGGUUAUCUAGUAGUACGGUGUGUUAUUUUAUGCCGCAGCUGGUGUCGUGUUUCACGCCGCCGUGUCGAAAGUGCUGCCGGGCCGGCAGGGCAGUGAUGGCGGAAGAUGGGCGCCGGCCCCAGUGAGCCAUGCAUCUACGAGAAGCUGGCCGUCAGCGUCGAGGUGCUGCGGCGGUCUGGCGAGCACUAUGGCAUGUCCGAGCGCGACAUCGAGAGGUUCGUGGCCCAGAUCCUGGAGACCAACGAGCCGCAGAGGGAGGCGCGCCGAUUCCCGCGGCUGCUGGCCGCGGUCAAGAUUCUGAUUGCUCUGGGGCUCCUUAUAAUAACAGCCUGUUCCUUCAUCAGUCCGUAUAGCAGAUCUCAUUACCAAAGUAAAGUUACAGAAGAUCAGGAUCGGAAGAAUCCAAUAAUUGGUCAUAUCCGUCUUUUACAUUUACCUAUUGCAAAGAAGUACAAUCUGGAAGUUUUUCAUGACUGGGGUCAUAUAGGAUGUGAGCAUCUGAUACCUAACUGUACUGAAUGUGCUAGCCUGAGUGCUGUUGGAACUGUGAGUGACAGGAAACAUAUUUCCAAGUAUAAUCAUCGAAUAAUACAACCAAUUGUAAUCAAGAGUGGAUCAGCUAUGUCAUUGUCAUAUGGGGAUUUGAAGCGUUUACAUUCAGAAUAUAGAGAAGCCAUGGAUGUAUAUCUUGAAGAUGGAGGGAAUCUUGAAGAUAUAGUCAAUAAAAACUCAGUGUUUCCAGAAGAAUCCAACCUAAUUAUUCACUGGAGAAAACAACGUAUAAAUGGAAUGCAUAUUCUACGAGCAAUUUUUCCAAAUUCAAGCAUGUUACCCUUUGAGAAUAAAGUAACCCUGAAGAAAUGUUUAAUAACACCUAGCCGUGGUUCUCCAUUCCAAUUCCUGUCCCACCAGCUCCAUAUAGAGAACAGUUGGCUGGUUGUAGGGAGAGGUAAUCUGAAACUUCAGAUCAAAGCCUCUGAAAAAUGUGCAGAACAGUGUGGUUCCUUUUUAGUCCAACUAGGUGAAGGGGAUAUCGUUUAUGCCAAUUCAAAUUAUUGGCAGAUGACCAUUUCACCAGCUGGAGAGCAAACUCUUAUUAUUUGUGUUGGAUCCAUCUGAUUCGGGAUGCUUUUGGCUAGUUACAUCAUUUCUGUGCAAAAUUGCUGUUAUUUAAGUCUUAAAUCAGCUGCAGGAGUGAGCCCCUUGAGUCGCACCACCAAUUCAAAAAAUCAUGACUGAUCUGCCUGAUGAGCUUGGAUUUGUGUUCCAAAGUUAUUCUUCAAUUGUUACACCUGGACCAUCACUUUGAAAUCAAUUGACUGCAGUGCACACCAAUCCCAAGUAUUAUCUGUGUCAUUGACAUUUGGAAUGUCCAGUGUACUUUGAGUUUCAGAUGUCUCUCACCAUCUUAAGUUCCUCUUUGGUUAUGUGUAAACACUUAUUUGAUAAAAUGCUAAAUAUAUUAAAGCUCGAGGAAAUAAAACAUUUUACUUUUGACUUUUUGAUUGUGAUCUUAGUUAACUAAUGAUGCAGAAUAAAUUAUUAAUAUUUUCAGGGAGAAGUCAUUAAUAAAUUACUGUUUCUUCAGAAUAGAAACAUAAGUUUAUUAGUCAUUAAAUAGAACGAGCAGAAGUCAGUGUUAAAUUUUGGAGAAUAGGGGACAAAAUAUUCUCUAAGAAAGGAAAAUAAUGAUACAGUUCUUACUGCUUUGCUUCAAGCAAAACAUUUGUAUGUAAAAUUAUGACUUCUACAAAAUAGAAUUUGUAUAAAAUCUGGUGACUUAGAAAAUUGGUAAUAAUAAUAAUGAGACCUCUGUGUACAUACUUUAUAUAUUUGUAUAUGUAUAAUGUUAAAAUCAUUGAAAUAUUUGCCUUGUUUUUUUUUGAAAAAGCUAAAUAUUUGAAUCACAAAUAUGUUUAAGCAAUUUAAUGGUAUGUUCAAAAUAAAAUUUGUUUCAAGUGUUA